UUUCAGAUGAUCUUUGUUGGACUUCUCGGACUGUUCAUCAUUCCUGGUCUUUCUGGCUAUAAUAUCAACAUCAAUGAUGACAAUAAUGCUGCUGGAAGUGGACAGCAGACAGUGAGUGUCAACAACGAGCACAAUGUGGCCAACGUCGACAACAACAAUGGCUGGAACUCCUGGAACACCCUUUGGGAUUAUGACGCUGGCUUCGCUGCAACCAGACUCUUUGCCAAGAAGUCGUGCAUUGUGCACACACUGAACAGGGAUGCCAUCCCCCCCAUUGAAGCUCUUGAUGCACUGGCCAAGGAAAAGAAGGUAAAAAUAGCAGAAAAAGGAGCAGGGGGACCACCUCCCAAGGGCCUGGUCUACUCCAUCAACCCUGUCAAAGUUGAUGACCUGAGCCAGUUUGGAAAACACAUUGCUGGCAUGUGCCAGGGAGUUCCAACAUACGAGGCUGAUGAAGUUCAAGAUGCAAGCCUGUUUUAUUACUCAGGAAAGUGCUUCAAUACAAAUGUCCUCUGGAUUCUGAAAAUUUCCUACUGUGGAAAAACAGUGGAGAACUAA